AAGUAUUGCUGGGUCAGAUCCUGGGUCCUUGGCAAGCUCCGUGGAGUUGAGUCUGUGGGUGGACUGAAGCAGCAUAAGUCACCACAGGUCCCUGAGACAUGACUCCUGCUGUCUUCCUGACCAUCCUGUGCUUCGGAGUGGCCUCAGCAGCUCCAGCGCUUGAUCCCAGUUUGGAUGCUAAAUGGCAAGAGUGGAAGACGAAAUACGGAAAAUCAUACAGCCAGGAAGAAGAAAUGUGGAAGCGAGUAGUGUGGGAAGAAAACAUGAAGAUAAUCCAAAUGCACAAUGGAGAGGGUGGCCUGGGGAAGCAUGGUUUCACUAUGGAAAUGAACGCCUUUGGUGACAUGACCGGUGAAGAAUACAGAACACUGAUGACUGAUAUUCCAGUUCCAGCUGCCAUGAAGGUGAAAAGUGUCCAAAAUCCUCUACUUAACCAUUUACCCAAAUCUGAGGACUGGACAAAGAAAGGCUUUGUGACUCCUGUGCGGAACCAGGGUCAGUGUGGUUCUUGUUGGGCUUUUGCUGCUGUCGGUGCCAUAGAAGGACAGAUGUUCUGGAAAACUGGCAACCUGACCACUCUGAGUGUGCAGAACCUAGUGGACUGCUCUAAACCUCAUGGCAAUAAUGGCUGUGUUUGGGGUUCCGCAUACAGGGCCUACAAGUAUGUUUUGCACAAUGGAGGUCUAGAGGCUGAGGAAACCUAUCCAUAUGAGGCAAAAGAAGGACCCUGCAGGUACAAGCCUGAGAAUUCUAAAGCUUAUAUCACAGAGUUUGUGACCCUCCCAGCAAAUGAGGAUUACCUACUGGUUGCUGUAGCAACAAUUGGGCCCGUCUCUGCUGCAAUUGAUGCUUCCCACGAUUCUUUCAGGUUCUACAAUGGAGGUAUUUAUCAUGAGCCAAAUUGCAGCAGUUAUCUUAUCAAUCAUUCAGUUCUGGUGGUUGGCUAUGGAUUUGAGGGAAAUGAAACGGAUGGUAAUAACUACUGGCUGAUCAAGAACAGCUGGGGUGAACAAUGGGGCAUAAAUGGCUACAUGAAGAUCGCUAAAGAUCAAAACAACCACUGUGCAAUUGCUUCAUAUGCCAGCUUCCCCAAUAUAUUCUGAGCUGCCUGGUGGCCACAAGGGAGGGCUUGACAGAGGCAGCAUUCGGUGGCG